UCCGCGUUAGGAACAGAAGUUCAAGAGGCCGCGCUGCUCCUUCUCUCGCAUUCACUGGGGAGUCUUGCUCUGCAAGUGCAGUUGCAGGCGGUUCGGGAGCGCAGCCCCAGACCUGCCGCCCGCCGCUUCUGUGCCUCUGCAUCUGCCACCGUGGGUCCCAAGUUCCAGUGACUUCUCCUGUCCCACCCUCUCCGCUCUGCUCCCUGUGUGUCCUGAAGAAAGGGGACCUGCUCCCGAGGUUGUCCACGGUGAUGAUAGCAUUUGAAGACCUGGCUGUGUACUUUACCUGGGAGGAAUGGCAGAAAAUGAACAAUGCUCAGAAAACCCUGUACAGAGAUGUGAUGCUGGAGACCUACAGCAGCCUCUUCUCCUUGGGGCACUGCAUUACCAAACCUGACUUAAUCUUCAAGUUGGAGCAAGGAGAAGAGCCAUGGAUGGUGGACAAAUGCUUGAAUCAGAGCCUUUCAGUGGUCAUGAAAAGGGAUGACCUGAUUAAGAUCAACCUGGAAAGUCAGGACAAAAAUCUGAAUCAGGAUUUUAUGAAAAAUAACAAGACAUCAGCUCACAAGAGAGUUGAAUUAAGAAAAACCCUUAGUUUAAAUUCAAGCCAUAUACCAACAAUGAUUAUUAAAAAGGGAAUCUAUUCAGGAUUGAAGCCUGAGGAAUGCAAUAAAUGUCACACUGUGUAUCCCCACAGUGGGCCUGAUCAACUACAGGCUGGAGAGAAAUUUGAUAACACUAAGAUACCUGGAAAAUCUCUCCAGUUCUGUGAGCCUCUUAGUCAGUAUGACAAUAUUCACAUCAUGAAGCAGCCAUUUGGACCCACUGGACAAGCAAAAGUCUUCACAAGAAAGAUGUUCUGUAAAUCUGAGAGGGUUCAUAUGGCAGAAAACUGUAAUAAAUCAACUGUCACUUUUGGAAAAGCAACUCAAAUAGAAAAAGCUAUCCAUGAAAAUUCUAGCCUCAAUAUGCAUCAACAAACUCACACAAGAAAGAAAUUUUAUAAGUACAUUAAGUAUGUUGAACCUGUCAUUCACCAGUCACAUCUUGCAAUAAAUCACAGACUAAAUACGAGGGAAAAACUUUACACAUGUAACCCUUGUGGAAAAUCACUCAGUAUUAAUUCACCUUAUGAAUGUAAUGACUGUGGAAAAGACUUUGGACAAAAGUCAGUCCUCAGGAAAUGUCAACAAAUUCACACAGGAGAGAAAUCACAUGAAUGUAGUGAUUGUGGAAAAGCCUUUACACAAAAGUCAUACCUCAUAAACCAUCAGCGAAUUCACACAGGGAAGAAACUUUAUAAAUGCCUUCAUUGUGAAAGAGGCUUUCUGUGGAAGUCAGCCCUCAUCAUACACCAGAGAAUUCACACAGGGGAGAAACCUCAUCAAUGUAAUGACUGUGGAAAAGCCUUUGGAUGCAAGUCAGACCUCAUAAAACAUCAGCGAAUUCACACAGGGGAGAAACCUCAUAAAUGUAAUGACUGUGGAAAAGCCUUUGGAAGAAAGUCACACCUCAUCAUACACCAGAGAAUUCACACAGGGGAGAAACCUCAUAAAUGUAAUGACUGUGGAAAAGCCUUUGGAGACAAGUCAGUCCUCAUCACACACCAGAGAAUUCACACAGGGGAGAAACCUCAUCAAUGUAAUGACUGUGGAAAAGCCUUUGGACACAAGUCACACCUCACCAUACACCAGAGAAUUCACACAGGGGAGAAACCUCAUAAAUGUAAUGACUGUGGAAAAGCAUUUGGACAAAAGUCACAACUCAUCAUACACCAGAGAAUUCACACAGGGGAGAAACCUCAUGAAUGUAAUGACUGUGGAAAAGCCUUUGGAUACAAGUCAUACCUCAUGAACCAUCAGCGAAUUCACACAGGGGAGAAACCUCAUGAAUGUAAUGACUGUGGAAAAGCCUUUGGAUACAAGUCAAACCUCAUAAACCAUCAGCGAAUUCACACAGGGGAGAAACCUCAUAAAUGUAAUGACUGUGGGAAAGCCUUUGGACACAAGUCACACCUCACCAUACACCAGAGAAUUCACACAGGGGAGAAACCUCAUAAAUGUAAUGACUGUGGAAAAGCAUUUGGACAAAAGUCACACCUCAUCAUACACCAGAGAAUUCACACAGGGGAGAAACCUCGUGAAUGUAAUGACUGUGGAAAAGCCUUUGGACAAAAGUCAGUCCUCAUGAACCAUCAGCGAAUUCACACAGGGGAGAAACCUCAUGAAUGUAAUGACUGUGGAAAAGCCUUUGGAUACAAGUCAAACCUCAUAAACCAUCAGCGAAUUCACACAGGGGAGAAACCUCAUCAAUGUAAUGACUGUGGAAAAGCCUUUGGACACAAGUCACACCUCACCAUACACCAGAGAAUUCACACAGGGGAGAAACCUCAUAAAUGUAAUGACUGUGGAAAAGCAUUUGGACAAAAGUCACCCCUCAUCAUACACCAGAGAAUUCACACAGGGGAUAAACCUCAUGAAUGUAAUGACUGUGGAAAAGCCUUUGGAUACAAGUCAUACCUCAUGAACCAUCAGCGAAUUCACACAGGGGAGAAACCUCAUGAAUGUAAUGACUGUGGAAAAGCCUUUGGAUGCAAAUCAGACCUCAUGAAACAUCAGCGAAUUCACACAGGGGAGAAACCUCAUCAAUGUAAUGACUGUGGAAAAGCCUUUGGACGAAAGUCAGGCCUCAUCGUACACCAGCAAAUUCACAAAAGGGAGAAACCUCAUGAAUGUAAUGGCGAUGGAAAGGCCUUUGGAUGAAAGUCAGACCUCAUGAAACAUCAGUGAAUUCACACAGGGGAGAAACAUCAAUGUAAUGACUGUGGAAAAGCAUUUGGACGAAAGUCACACCUCAUCGUACACCAGAGAUUUCACAUGGGGCAGAAAUCUCAUGAAUAUAAUAACUGGCAAAGCCUUUGGACACAAGUCACACCCCAUCAUACACCAGAGAAUUCACACAGGGCAGAAACCUCAUAAAUGAAAUGACUGUGGAAAAGCCUUUGGACACAAGCCAUACCUCAUAUUACAGUAGAGAAUUCACACAGGGGAGAAACCUCAUAAAUAAUGAUUGUGGAAAAGCCUUUGGCCAUAAGUUAGGCCUCAUGAUACAUCAGUGAAAUCACACAGAGCAGAAACCUCAUGAAUGUAAUGACUGUGGAAAAGCCUUUGUAUGAAAGUCACACCUCAUAUCACACUGGAGAAUUCACACAGGGGAGAAAACCCAUGAAAGUAAUGACCAAGGGAAAGCCUCUGGAUAAAAGUCAAUCCUUUAGAAACAUCAGAGAAUUCACACAGGGAGGAAACCUCAUGAAUGUAAUGACUUUGGAAAAGCCUUUUGACAAAAGACAAAACUCAUAUCACAGCAGAGAAUUCACACAGGGUAGAAAACUCAUGAUUGUAAUAACUGUGGAAAGCAUUUAGCCAUAAGUCAACCUUCAUCAUGCAUCAGGGAAUUCACACAGGGCAGAAACCUUAUGAAUAUAAUGACUGGAAAAGCCUUUGGACAAAAGUCAAUCCUCAUAAUGCACCAGAGAAUGCACACAGUGUUGAAACUUCAUGAAUGUAAUGACUGUGGAAAAACUUGAUUUUAACUUCCAACUCCAAAUGCAUCAGAGGAUUCACACAGGGAAAUAACCUUAUAAAUGUAAUGACUGUGUAAAAGCCUUUUUCUAUAAGUUAUAUCAAAACAGAAUUCACACAGGGCAGAAACCGUAUAAAUCUAAUGAGUGUGGAAAAGCCUUUAUAAAUCAUAUGUUGUAAGUCAUAGCUCAUAUCACACCAGAGAAUUCACAUCGGAGAGAAACUUCAUGAAUGCAAUGACUGUAGAAAAGCCCUUGGCAAUAAGUCACAUCUCAGAAUGCGUCAGAAAAUUCACAUGAAAAGAAACCUUUUGGACAUAAUGACUUGGAAAGCUUUUCCCAUAGUUCAGCCCUCAUUGCACAUCAUCUAAUUCAUAUGUGGGAAAACACUUUGUAUAUAAUGCAUAUGGAAAAGCCUUUAUCCAUAAGUAACACCCCAUAAAACAUCAGAAUUCACAUGGGGGAGAAACCAUAUGAAUGGAAUGAGUGUUGGAAAACUAUGCCAAUAUCACACAAUAUAACAUCGAUAAUUUAUUACAUGGUGGAAAUCUUGUAAUAAAUGUGGGAAAGCCUUUUGUCAGAAGGAAUACCUCAUAACACAUGUAGUUCAAACAAGGGAUAGAACUUAAGAAUAUAAUGAAUGUGAAGGACUUUUUCCAAAAUCAACAUAACCAUGUGACAGAGCCAUUUGCUGGAAAUUACAUCCCAUACAAUAGGUACUCCCAUAAGGAAGAAAGGUUGGGACCAGCGCUGUGGCACAGUAAGUUAAAGCCCUGGCCUGAAAUGCUGGCAUACCAUGUGGGCACUGGUUCUAGUCCCGGUUGCUCCUCUUCUGAUCCAGCUCUCUGCUAUAGCCUGGGAAAGCAGUAGAAGAUGGCCCUGCACCCAUGUGGGAGAUGCAGAAGAAGCUCCUGACUCCUGGCUUUGGAUUGUGGCAGCUCCAGCCAUUGCAUCCAUCCAGAGUUAGGAGUUAGGAGUCUCCACUUGGCUGCUUGCCUGAUGCAGACACAAGCUGGCACAGAUGUUAUGUAUGUCCAAAAUGGCUCCUGCUCUAACAGCUUGCAUGUCUUUGUGAGGUGAUUGGAGAGAGAGAAACAUGUCUGUACUGUCCCUUUUUUUUCUCUCCUCUAGUUUGGCUGGCACACUUUCCCUUGGAUACUUAAGCCUCAUUUCCUCUAGUUUCCUGCCACAUUUUUGCCGGUGGCUCAGGCUACUGUGGUCUUGUCUCACCUCACUUUCCAGUUCUGGUGCAUAGGCUCUCAGCUGUUGGAGUCGUGAUCCAUGGGCACCAUGCCAUCCAUGUGGGUUCACUACGUCCCUCUAAUAUCAGUAGAAUUCCCUCUGUCAUUUUUUACCUAACUCUUCCCUGAGACUACUCUAUUUCCACUUUUUAAAAACUAUUUUCUCCUGGGCUAGAGCAGUAAGCUCCCUCCCUACUCCACCAUCCAAUUAUUAGCCCAUCUCUAUAUGAUUAUGACUCUGUUUCUGCCAUUAUGACUCUGUUUCUGCCAAAUUACUAAUUUAUAUACCAUAUAAUCAAAAUUAAAUGCCUUCCAUGGAGUGCAUAUUUAUUUUGUCAUUUACUACUGUCACCUGCAUGUGUAAUGAGUAACCUGAUUUAUAACAUUCCUAACACAGGGAAAUGAUGGGCCCCAUGGUUUGAUUUAUAAUUGUGUGGUCAUCUACUCAAUCUAAAUGCUGGAAGUUGUCCCAGCAACUGUCAUGUGUAUAGGAUUUGAGUACAUUGCAGUGCCAGCACCAUCAUGGUCAUCAGCAUAGGAUACAUUCUUAAUGUUUCUAGAUGCUCCUGGAACUUUAAAUUAUUUUCUGAUUGUGGAAAUUUUCCAAACUACAAGUCUAUAUCAUACUGUAAUUUUUCCAGUUUAUUCCAGACUGUUUUUCCACCAAAUAUUCAUCCACAUAUUUAUUUUUAAUUAUGGCUCACAUUAAAAUGACAUUGUUACUAAGGGCAAGACAAAGUUUUAACUUCCAUGUGCAUCAAUUUUCUAUAUUUUGUCUUUCAUUUUAUUAAUUUCAUCUGAGUAUGUCAAUAUCCACAUGGAAAGCAAUCUUAGCACUGCCAAUGUAUGAUGAUUCUUUUGGGCACUUAUAUUUUCAUGUCAUGAAUGCACUAAAUAAUGUUCAAGUUGUCUUAGCAAUCUCCAUCUUUAUGGCCUAUCAAAUAAUUUUAGAACAUUACAUUCUUUUACACUUUCAAGGACACUUUUUUAUAGCUUCUUUGUAUUUCGAGAAUCAAAAUUGUCAUUCUCUUUAAAAUUUCCAUUCAUUAGAUCAAGACAAUUUUAUCUUGGUUUUAAAAUUACUGAAUUUAAUGGCAUAAACUUUCUUUGAUUUAAGAAAGCACAGAUUUUCUGUAUUUAAAUGUGUAUUGAGGGCUACUUUUAUUAAUAUCUGUUACAUCUCCUUGUAACCUUAUUCCUGCUUCUACUAAAUUUACCAUUUGUACACACAACUAUCAAUAUAAAACAUAUAUUGAAAUGAAUACAUUUCUCUAUUUUUCAUGUUGAUUCAAAUUUAUUAUUACCACCUCAAUAAAUAAUAACCUAAUUUGUGCCAAUUCUAGUGCAGGGCACUUCAGGCUACCAUGAUUUACUUUAUCAUUGUAAGGCUAUCAAAUUCUGGCAGAUGUCCAAAUUUUAUUUUCACAGUAUAUGAGAACAAUUUAGGGCCAGUUCCAUCACUCAUUAGCAGGAGAUUUCAUUCUUAGCUUUAUAGACAUUCAUGGAACUUGAAAUUAACCUUUAAUUAUGAAAAUUUGUUAAUUUAAAUUCACUGGAGUCACUCUUUUGCACAAAUACUUUAGUCUAGACCAAUCCUAACCCUGUGAAUCUGUGGCCAUGGUGAUUUAAUUUUUAUUGUAAGAUCAUCAUCACCCCCAACAUUCUGUAAGUUGCCUUCUGGAAACUGUCAGGUACACAGUGUCUCAGGGCCAUUUUAGCCAAGGGUAAUAAUUCUUUCUCCUCAACGUAGUAUAUAUAUGAAUAUAUGUAACAUAUAUAACAUACAUAUAUUUUAUUCAUAGAUAAAUUUGCCACUGUGUUUCUAGAUACUAGUAUAUUUCCUGAAAAUUAUGUGGGAAAAUAGUGGGAUCUUAAUGUUAUUUUUAUCCCAGAAUUAUGUAUGUUUAUUUAAUUUUAGAGGCUGGUAGACUUGGAGAAACAGAGAAACAGACUUUAUGAGCUACAACUUGAUGGCUUACUCUUCAUUCUUGUAAUUUUCAGAAACUGGAUCAUUACAGAAAUCUGAGUAUUCUUUUCUGAUGAUAAAUACAUUAUACAAAUUUCAAAAUGUUGC